UUUGAUUUACGCUUCAUUGACGGUUUAUCAGGCUCGAAGAAACUAUCCGACCAAUCAGUUCGCUCCUCGGGAAAAGACCCCACGAACCCCCGCGCGCGCAGUGCGAGGCUGUGGCACUUUGUUUCGCUAUAGUGAGCAAGUUGUUUGGGAAAGGAAAGGGGAGACUGGUGGAUCAGAGAGAGGGAGAGAGAGAGAGAGAGAGGGGGUGCGGGGGGCGAGCCAGGAAAGGACAGAAGACAGAAAGAGAGAGGGAGGGAGAGAGAGAGAGAGAAUCUCGUAAUGUCUCUCUUCUUGUUCUCCGGUAAGUGAAACUCGCGGCGUUUCCCCAGAUAAUGUCCGAGAAUGUCCAUUUCUGGGACUUUGAGCAACUAUUACGUGGAUUCCAUCAUAAGUCACGAGAGCGAUGAACUCUCCGGCCCGGCUCGGUUCCCCGGCGUGCAGUACUCCGGUUCCAGCUCCGCCGCGGCGGCCGCGGCCGCUGCCGCGGGAGGGAGGCAGCCCGGCGGCGCGGCGCACGCGGAGCAUCCCCAUCCCGACUCGUACCCGUCGUGCAGCUUCCAGCCCAAGCCGCCGGUCUUCUCCUCGUCCUGGAGCCCGUUCAGCCCGCACCACGGCGCCAGCGGCCUGCCCGCCGUCUACCACCCGUACAUCCCCGCACAGCAUGUGCCCGCCGCGGACACACGGUACCUGCGCUCGUGGCUGGACUGCGCGCCGCCGCUGCCGCGCGGCUCCGAGUCCGCACCGGUGCAGGGCCAAACGGGGCAGGUCAAGCUGGAGCCGCAGCUCGGACACCUCGGCGGCGGGGACAUCGUGCCCAAAAUCGGAGGACUGCUCCAGCACGAAACCACCACGUACAUCCUGGAGUCGGCGUCCACGGCGGCGGCGCGCGAGCUGAGCCACCCGGCCGCCGUCCCCAGAGCGGGGUUCGACGACGAUAAAGACAUUUGUGAGGGGAGCGAGGACAAAGACGGCCUGGAGCAAAGCGACCCGUCGGCCAACUGGCUGCACGCGCGCUCCUCCCGGAAGAAGCGUUGCCCGUACACCAAAUACCAGACGCUGGAGCUGGAGAAGGAGUUCCUGUUCAACAUGUACCUCACGCGGGACCGGCGGCAUGAGGUGGCGCGCGCGCUCAACCUGACGGAGCGGCAGGUGAAGAUCUGGUUCCAGAACCGGAGAAUGAAGAUGAAGAAACAGAGCAAGGACCAACCCAAGGACUAGACAGCGGGGAACCUCCCCCCCCCUCUCUCUCUCUCUCUCUCUCGCUCUCUCUCUCUUUCUUUCGUGCGCACACAUUUAGACGCACACGCACGCUCACCCCCCAUGUAUCCGACGUAAAGUCUUUCUUAUGUCUAGAACACAAAAUGGCCUUUCCCAAUUACUGUCAACACACACACACUCCUGCUAUUUCCAAUGUUUUGAACCUUCCGGCGCCACCACAUGCGCCUCAGCCCCAUCACACCGAUCGAUGACUUCAUUGAUCUCCAGCAGACGUGAACACUGAAGUCUGCAGAAGGAAGCAGUGGUUUGAACUUUGAAAACGUCUGAGUGUCCUGGAGGAGAUCAACAACAACAACAACAACAAACUCAUGACCCACAGCGGUUCCUCCCGGACCUCCUCUCCUCUCAACGGGUCGGACUCCACGCGCAGCUGCGCACUGGACACUUUGCUCCGAACUAACGGACAGCUGGUGUUUGUUCUUCUUCGUGGAUUCGCUUUUAUUUGGGUGGCCUUUGAUGUUUGGCUAAAGAAAAGGAAGGA